AUGGAUACUUAAAGCUCGCCAGAUCCAAAAGCAAAUGAGAAUUUACUUGAAAGAAACAACAGCAACUUUGCCUCAAGCAAGAAUCUCGAGAUAAAUUCUUAAAAUUUCAUGGACUCCAUCUCAGCUAUUGGAGAUGACACCUAUUAGUGUUAGGUUCAUCAAAAACCGUUUGAAACCUUUUGCUCACAAGACAUGAUUUUACUUUGCAUUGAAUGCGCUAAAAGUGACCAUAGACUUCACCAUAAGAUACACGUCACAGAUCUUGUAUUUAAGAUGAAUGAUAGGUUGACAAACCAAAUGUCCAAAUUAAGCUCAGUCCUAUAAUUCAUUCAAUUAUCUAAUAUAGCCUAAUUCGAAAAGUCUCUAUUGGACUCCAUUAGAUCGUUUUUCAAGAGAAUACAUGAAAUUUUAUAUGAACUUGAAAAUAAAAAGACUGAUGAGAUCGAAGAACUUUUGAAAUAGGUUUUUGGAGUAAGGAUAAGUGUUGAUGAGGUGAUAUCUCUUGAGGGAAUUGGCUAAAAACAUCAGGAAUCUCUCUAGUAAUUGAUUUCUAAAAAUAAAUUCGUUUACAUUGUUAAAGAAUACUAGAACAAAUUGAAUGCCUAUUUGUAGGAGGUGGAAAUCAUCAAUACUCAAGCAAGUUAAUUCCUUGAAAUGCAGGUAGAUUUCAGAAAAGAAUGGAGCAAUGAAAUUGUAAAGUACAACGUGAGUGAUUUGGACUUCUAAUUUAGCAAUAUAGUAAAUGAGGUCGUUAACUUGAACAGACUUGAAAGCCAUUUUAACAAGUAAUAAAAAGCUUAAAAGCAAUUUAUCUUGAAAGACCCAACACGCUAUUAAUUUUAAAAGAGUUUGAAAGUUCACAGUUAGGAGAUAGCUUGCUUGACUUAACUUCAAAAUGGGAACUAUGCUACUGGUUCAUUGGAUGCUAGCAUUAAAGUUUGGGAUGCUGAGUAAGAGAAAGUGCUUAGUGUAUUUGAUGGACAUACACAUUGUGUAACUAAAGUAAUCGAGUUACAAAAUGGGAAUCUUGCAUCAUGUAGUUUAGACAAAACUAUCAACUUAUGGGACAGAUAAACUGGAGAUAUAAUAAAUACACUUGAAGGCUUUGAAAAUGAUAUCAGAGACAUAUAAGAGUUAGAUGUAGAUAAUUUAGUGAUUCACAUAGAUGAUGAUAACCAAUUCAUGAUUUGGAAUCAUAGGAAAGAGCAAGAAGAUAACUGUAUGUAUUUUGAUGAACAUGAAGAGCCUAUUACAAAGCUUAUAGUAAUGAAUCACAAGUAUGUAUAUACUGCAAGUAAAGAUGGAUCCAUAAAGAGAUGGUACCCAAGAGGGUCAGGUUAGAAUUCAGAAAUUACCUAUAACGGCCACUCAGGAGCAGUGAGUGAUCUUAUAAUGUUAGAUAACAAACAAUUAGCUAGUUCUGGAAUAGACAAGACAAUCAAAAUAUGGGAAAUUCCUACAAAAUGGUGCCUCUUUACUAUGGAGGGUCAUCAAAGGCCAAUCGUAAAACUGCUGUAUUUAGCAGAACAUCAAAGAAUAGUGAGUGCCUCAUUGGAUUAAACAAUAAGAAUUUGGAGUAGAGAGAACUAAGUUUGUCUUAAAGUCUUAGAAAACGGAAGUAAGGUUAGGGAUAUUUUCUACUUAGGGGUUUAAAAAGUGUACAUUCAUAAAAAAGAUGGUGAUGGAGAGGAUUAAAGGUCAAAUAGAAUGAUCUUAAAUGAUCUUUCUAUUAGUGAUGACUCUGAAGAAGAUGAAGCAAGUUAUGGGGUAAAGAUACUUCCUAGUUAAUCCUCAAGAAAAUAAAGACAGCUUGAGGAAUUGAAACAAGAUAAAAAACAAAAAUCUAGUAAAUAUGGUGAUUCUAAUAAACUUGGAAAUCAGUCAGACUUAAGGAGUGGAACGCAAAGCAAAAAUAGUUAGAGAAGAAAAGACAUUGAUGACAUGAAUAAGAGUAUUGAUUCACUUGACAAUGUCAAGUUUAUAAAUUCAGUCUAGGAAGCUAGCAAGGUACCAAUCCUGGUUAGUCUUAAAUAGAUUGAGAAUUAGGAGCCAAAGAUAUAGCUUUGGAAUAUGAAUAGUGGUGAACUUAUUAAGUCACUAGACAGUAAACACUCAGGGCUUAUCACAGGUGUUCAAAGAACUUCAGAUUUUAAAAUUGUUACUGUCUCUAAAGACUCCAAAGUCAACAUUUAUUAUUGA